GAAGUAUAUGCGACGUUCUCACGACAGCUUGAAUAAUAAUAUUAACGAGAGGCAAGACGGCACCGCCGUAAUUAUUGCGUUGGUACUUCUAUCGUGAUCCCGUCACGAGAAUGCUUGCCUCAACAAUUAUAAGUAGCAAAUGACAUAUAUGUGAAUAUUUGUUAUAACAUAUGGUACAUGUGUACAACAAGUGUAUAAAUAAUUAUUAACCAGAGCCUUCUAAAAUUAUUAUUUUCUUGUUAAUAUAUAUAUUUUACCCGUGAAGUUUAUUUUGUGGGAACAAUUUAUGUAGUACUUCAAAAUGCCACAAGGAGAUGGUAUUGUGGUUGCAGUGCCUAAUAAUCCAAACGGUGCUGUGGCACAUAUUCAUAGUUUGGCUGGUGUGAUAGGACCAGUUUUAAAUAACAAUAACAUGAAUAUAGCUAGAAAUAACAAUAAUCAAAAUCCGCUGAUUAAUGUGCGGGAUAGAUUAUUUCAUGCGUUAUUUAUCAAAGUGGCGCUAGUCUACGCACGAACAUUUCCAAGGCCUGUCAGGAGAUUUAUAGAAUUUAUUGUCCUUUUGAAGGCAAUAGUGGCAUUUUUUGUAUUGGCUUAUAUUCACAUAGUAUUUUCACGAGCACCAACUAAUUGUUUAGAGCAUAUAAGAGAUGAGUGGCCACGGGAUGGCAUAUUGAGAGUUGAGAUUCUUAGGAAUGGUGGUGAGGACUACAGUAUAGAGAAAAGUUAUGCCAAAGAGGAAAAACUGAGACAAGAGAAAGUUGAUGAUUUAACGGGUACCUUGGGAAUAUUAACCAGAGAUGGGUUUAUAAACAUUGAACCUUCAGCUGUAGAUGAAGAACGGGAAACUGCGAAUGUUCCUGAUGAGGAAAAUCGUGGAAAUAUAACAUUACCUGAGCAAGAUAUGAUUAUAAGUAGUCCCACAAUUCCUGGAGAGGUAGAAAAUCCUAAUUUAAGUACAACAAAUACAACGAUAAACCCACCAUUAUCCACUAUGUUUUGGGAUGGUUUAAAUAUAGCAGAGAAAACAUCACCUAAUGAAGAGUUACCUUUUACAAAAACGGAGGGUAAUUCCACGGAAGUACCUGAUGUUAAUCGCUCAAAUGAAGACAGUGUUAUACAACCACUGAAAGAUCGUUUGGAUGCUGAUAAAACAGCUAGGAUAGAAGAUGGAUACAUUGUGGAAUAUUCGUUGGAGUACGGUUUUUUGCGGUUAUCACCGGCAGCUCGACAAAGAUUAAACAUCCCAGUGAAGAUCGUCACAUUGGAUCCAUCAAAUGACAAAUGCUUCGGUGAUGCUUUCUCAAGAUUGAUCUUAGAUGAAUUUCUGGGUUAUGACGAUUUGUUAAUGGCAAGCAUCAAAACAUUAGCAGAACACGAAGACAACAAAGGUUUCCUACGGAAUGUGGUAACCGGAGAACACUACCGAUUCGUCAGCAUGUGGAUGGCACGAACUUCAUAUCUCGCUGCAUUCUUCGUCAUGCUUGUAUUUACGGUGUCGAUCUCGAUGUUGCUGCGGUACUCGCACCACCAGAUAUUCGUCUUCAUCGUUGAUCUCAUACAAAUGCUGGAGUUCAAUCUGACCGUGUCGUUGCCAGCCGCCUCCCUGCUGACAGUAAUUUUGGCACUAGUGGGAAUGGAGGCGCUCAUGUCCGAGUUCUUCAACGACACGACUACUGCGUUUUACAUAAUCCUGAUAGUGUGGGUGGCCGAUCAAUACGACGCCAUCUGCUGUCACACACCUCUCACCAAGCGGCAUUGGCUAAGAUUCUUCUACUUGUAUCACUUCUCCUUUUACGCGUACCAUUACCGAUUCAACGGACAGUACAGCAGCCUGGCGCUCAUCACGUCUUGGCUCUUCAUACAGCACUCGAUGCUCUACUUCUUCCAUCACUACGAGCUGCCGGUGAUUCUGCAGCAAGCGCAGCUGCAGCAGCUACUGUUUCGAAAUCACGCUCAGCCGACGGCGCAGCCAGCGACGCCCAGCACGGCUCCGACCACGCCGGGGCCGUCGCCGACCACGACUCCUUCGCCGAGUCCGAAUCCUUCGACGCCUACGAUGGAGCAGACGCAGCAGAAUUACAUCACCGAGCUUUCUCAGCUCGAUGCGGAGCCCGACAGCCCGCAGGAGCAACGCGCGAAUGCCAAUGGCGAGCAAAUAUUCGCGACGACGAUGACGACGACGACGACAACGAUGACGACGACGACGACGGCGAUGACGACGACGACGACGACGACGACAACGACGACGACGACGGUCGAUCGUCGAGACGACUCCAACAAAGUGUCGGCCACGUCGACUUCCGCCAUGAAGACAGCAACGGUCCCAUCCGCCUCGGGAGCCACGACCUCGGCCGCUACCGAGACCACCACCUCAUCCUCCGAAGCCUUCGAGGUGAUCGAGACCGCUGAGGCGAUGCGCAAGGAUACGUCGUCCGCCGCGGAGGCGAAGGAACAUUAAGCGCUUCCUCGCGCGCGGCCGACUCACGGCGGUCUCAGAGAGAGGAGAACAUCGUCGUGUCCGCGACGACUGCUUCCAGCGACCUCCCCUCGUUGUCGGAGCGCCUCUCUAAUUCGGGGGUCGGGGAUUCAGCGGGACGAUUACCUCGUCAUCACGGAUCAAACUGUAAUGUAUAGCACGACGGUGCAAACGUUGAAUGUAAAUUAACGCGAUCUUCAUGUGAUGCCUACAUCGUGCCCGACGUUCGAUCUCCAUGGGCAACUCCGUGAGGACAAAUUCGCCUCCUCAUCCUUGGACGUCGUCGACACGAGAGCCGCGUUUUCCCCGACCUCGUAGCCGACGGACGAGGAGGUGAGGCUUGGUUUCUGCAGGCAGCCUGGCGCGACGCGAGCGGGCGAUUUCGCGAUAGAACUCUGGAAAUUUAACUGAAAAGUCCUGUAUAUUAGAGUGUAUUCUAUCGAUCCCGUGUGUCGGGAUGUGUCGUCGUGUCCUUGCGAACGCGACCACGACGAUGCUCGAGAUAUUAUUUAAAAGGUAAAGGAGCACUUGCGUCAACGUGUGAUUAACUCUGGACGUUCUUAUUGUUUCGGUCUCUAGGUUCGAAUAUUUAAUUAAUUUUUAACUUUUUAAAUUAAUUAAUAACAUGGAACCUAUAUACAUAUAUUGAAUAUAUAUAUACACACGUGCUAUGGAAAGAAACGUGUGGUUGAAUGAGCGAAUUUUCUGGCGAAGUACGGACGAUUCGGAAAUUCCGAUUGGAAGUGGCAGAAUACUAUUUAAACUAAGCAGAAAUCGGACGAUUCAGACUGAGAAUUCUGGGAACCUCCACCGAGAUUUCGGUGUCGCUCAUGUUUCUCCAGAAAAUCCUUUCAUUCAACCAAGUAUCUUAUCCCCAGUGUGUUAAGAGCUGAUACAUUCAAUUUCGUGAACUUCAAUUUGUGAACUUAAAGUAAUAACAACAUUCAGAGUUGGAUAUCUCGGCGUUGAUACUUUCGUCUUAUUUAUUAGACAAUAAUAAAUAAAAAGAAUAACAGAAGUAAUAUAUCGAUCGUCGAAAAUCCCGGAUUGCGCUCCAGUGCGCGCGAAGGAAAAGAGAAAAAUUUAGUUGAAUUAACGCGAUGAACGAGACGCAUUUUCCGCUCGAAGGAGACGGAAUUUCCGAUUCUUAACUCCACCGAAUUCAGUCUUUUAAGAACCAGAAAUUUCGUUUCUUCCGGCCGAGCUUGCGCUUGAUUCGUUCAUUAAUUGAACAAAACUCUUUUUCCCAUGCAACAUCACGUAUCUGUGCCGUUGUUGCCAAGAGAUUGCCGACAGAAUCAGAUAUCUUGAGACUUCGCUUGAAGAAUUUAUUCGACCGUAUCACGCGCACCUAGUUGUUUACUUGCUUUGACUAGAUAGACAUUAAAUGGCUGUUUGCGAGUUGACGGUUUUUUCACGAGUUUUAUGCGCGCGCGCGCGCGCGCUGUGUCACGCAGCCUGUGUACGACGACGCGAUGGAGAUUAUUGGAAAUGCAGAUUUUCAACGGGGAGUUGAGCGGGAUCGGGGAUUUAACGGGGAUACAGUUGUAAACACGAUUCGACCUUAGAUUCGUUAGGCGCGAGAAGUGGUAAUAAUAAAAUUAGCUGUUAUACAAAAGUAGCUUUCUCGGAAAGGAUAAGACACUCACACAUGUAUACAUACACACGAGCACAGACCGUGUUCUCAUCUCGUCGUGCUGUUACGCAUCUUUUUCUUCUUUCUUUUCCGCGCCCGUAUCCGCGUGGUCCAACAAAUGUGUCAUACUCUCGAACGUAACGGCUCCGUAAUGUAGCGACUUGCGUUUUUCACGACUGACGCUCAACCUUGUGAUUCGGGAAGUUAGAGACGUUGUAUCGUUCAUCUCGAGCAGGUUUGUUUACAGAAGGAGAGAGAAUUAUACAUGCAGAUGUGUUGAACGUUUUGUCAAGUUGUAAUUUAUUCGUUCUUGCAAAUACAAUAUCUCUUUUGUCGCGCGA